CCUCGCUAGAAAGCACGUUCCGGCCUCGCUGGUCAAGAUCAAGCCUUCGGACCCAGCAGAAGAGCGCUCUCCGUUCCUAUAGCGACCACGCCAGAUCCACGUGCCUACGGUGACUGGCAGGGGCCAAAAAGUUCGCCAUGUACAACCUGGCCUGUGCGCGCUUCCGGAGCGCGGUGGCUUUAAAUGUCACGUGACGGUUCGAGCCUGGGCCCCGCCUCUUUCUCCUCCCCAGGUGCUCUGGUGUGGACUGGAAGCGCCGGCCCCGGCGGAUUCACUGGAGCACGGACGCUGCGGCCGGUUGGGCCGGUGCCCUUUCCCGGUAACUCCUUCCCGGCGUGACGCGCGGACGCGGCGGGGCCCGACAGGCUCGGUGAUCUCCCGUCAGUUCCUCCGCGUCCUCAGCCCGCGCUGGGCCCUGGGGGACCCGGGAGCCGACAGGAACCGGGGCGGCGGGGGAGGGGGCCGCCUCCCGGAAGGUCGCGACCCGGCAAGACUGUCCAGGUUCCUGCCUCUGGAACUUAAAGUGACCUCUUAAUAUUUCGGCUCUGGGAAGGAAGAGAAAUGGAGGUGAAAAAGCUGAGCGUCUCCUGGCAGUUCUGGAUAGUUCUCUUUCUGACCCUGCAAGGUCUGUCUGCGUUGGAUUUUGACCCAUACAGAGUCCUGGGGGUCAGCCGCACAGCCAGUCAGACUGACAUUAAAAAGGCGUAUAAGAAGCUCGCCCGGGAAUGGCAUCCUGACAAAAACAAAGACCCUGGAGCUGAGGACAAGUUCAUUCAGAUCAGCAAGGCCUACGAGAUUCUGUCCAAUGAGGAAAAAAGGACGAACUAUGACCAGUAUGGAGACGCUGGUGAGAACCCGGCUUACCAGAAGCAGCAGCGCGAGUUCCGCUUCCGCCAUUUCCACGAGAACUUCUAUUUUGAUGAGUCCUUUUUCCACUUCCCUUUCAAUUCGGAGCGGCGGGACUCAAUUGAUGAGAAGUACUUACUGCACUUUUCACACUAUGUGAAUGAAGUAGUUCCCGAUAGCUUCAAGAAGCCCUACCUCAUUAAAAUCACGUCAGACUGGUGCUUCAGCUGUGUCCAUAUCGAGCCUGUCUGGAAAGAAGUGGUCCAGGAAUUGGAAGGGUUGGGUGUGGGGAUUGGUGUCGUCCAUGCUGGCUACGAAAGACGCCUGGCUCAUCACCUGGGAGCACACAGUACCCCCUCCAUCCUAGGAAUCAUCAAUGGGAAAAUCUCCUUCUUCCACAAUGCAGUGGUCCAUGAGAACCUACGGCAGUUCGUGGAGAGUCUUCUUCCAGGGAACUUGGUGGAGAAGGUUACAAAUAAAAAUUAUGUGCGGUUCCUCUCUGGCUGGCAGCAGGAGAACAAGCCUCACGCCCUCCUGUUUGGCCAGACGCCGGCGGUACCACUGCUGUACAAGCUGACAGCCUUUGCAUACAGAGAUUAUGUGUCCUUCGGUUAUGUGUACAUUGGCUUACGAGGUGUGGAGGAGAUGACCAGGCAGUAUAACAUCAAUAUCUAUGCCCCCACCAUGCUGAUCUUCAAAGAGCACAUAAACAAGCCUGCUGAUGUGAUCCAGGCUCGAGGGUUGAAGAAGCAGGUCAUUGAAGACUUCAUCGCCCAGAACAAGUACCUGCUGGCAGCCCGGCUCACUAGCCAGCGGCUAUUCCAUGAACUCUGUCCUGUGAAGCGGUCUCACCGACAGAGGAAGUACUGUGUGGUUUUGCUGACGGCUGAGGCUAACAAGCUAAGCAAACCCUUUGACGCCUUCCUGUCGUUUGCACUGGCAAACACUCAGGACACUGUCCGCUUCGUGCAUGUCUACAGCACCCGGCAGCAGGAGUUUGCCAGCACCUUGCUACCAGACAGCGAGGCAUUCCAAGGGAAGUCAGGGGUGUCCAUCUUGGAAAGAAGAAACACGGCAGGAAGGGUGGUGUUUAAAACCCUAGAUGACCCCUGGACGGGCAGCGAGAGUGAUAAGUUCGUCCUUUUGGGUUAUCUUGACCAGCUUCGGAAAGAUCCGGCCUUUCUGUCCUCCGAGGCUGUGCUUCCUGACCUGGCUGAUGAACUUGCCCCUGUGUUUUUCCUCCGGUGGCUCUACUCUGUUUCUGACUCCCUCUCAGACUGGUGGGAGAGCCUGCUUCACAGUAACUGGCGGGAGAUGAUGCCCCUGCUGUCCCUCAUCUUCUCCGCUCUCUUCAUUCUCUUCGGCACUGUCAUUGUCCAGGCUUUCAGCGACUCAAAUGAGGAACGAGAGUCACAGCCUCCAGAUAAGGAAGAGGUCCCUGAGAAGACCGGGAAGACUGAGCCAACCUUCACCAAAGAAAACAGCAGCAAGAUCCCCAGAAAAGGCUUUGUGGAGGUGACUGAGCUCACAGAUGUGACAUAUACCAGCAACUUGGUACGCCUGAGGCCAGGCCACAUGAAUGUGGUCCUCAUCCUUUCCAGUUCCACCAAGACAAGCCUGCUGCAGAAAUUUGCUUUAGAGGUCUACACAUUCACUGGGAGCAGCAGCCUCCACUUCUCCUUCCUGAGUCUGGACAAGCACCGAGAGUGGCUGGAGUACUUGCUGGAGUUUGCUCAGGAUGCAGCCCCGAUCCCAAACCAGUAUGACAAGCACUUCAUGGAGCGGGACUACACUGGCUAUGUGUUGGCCCUAAACGGCCACAAGAAGUAUUUCUGCCUUUUCAAGCCCCUAAAGACAGUGGACGAGGAGGCUGUGGGCUCCUGUGACCCUGACUCCUCCAGAGGGAAGCUUCCCUGUGGCCUCGGGCCCAAGCCCCUCAAGGGCAAGCUGAGCAAGUUGUCCUUGUGGAUGGAGCGCCUGCUGGAAGGUUCCCUGCAAAGGUUUUACAUCCCAUCGUGGCCUGAGCUAGACUGAGACAUGGACUCUUCAGGUUUUUAACGUGCCCCAGGAACAGGGAUUUCCAGGAGAGUCUAGGUUUUAGAUUUCUCUUCUAGAGCAAUGGCUAGAAGACCUUUCCUUUGUCACCUAGGAGUAAAACACGUCGCUUGUUUGACCCCUAGAUGAAACCUUUCCCUUGGGUUUUCUCAUCCCCGUAAGAAUGCCGCACUAUUUGAGAUAGAUGCUCGUCCCUUGUUUGUUGUCCCUGUAACAUGCUCACACCACCCUGUCCUCAGGUUGGAGAAACCAUGGCUUGACCUCCAGUCGUGCUGGGUGAACCUCAGGAUAUCCUCACAAACCUGUCCUGCAGGGUGGGUCACCCCCCCUUCCACUUCCCCUCCAGUAGACUCCUGGCUUGGCCCCUGCCAGUGCUUCUGCUCAGGCUCAGGCUCUCAACACAGGACAGCCUACCAGAGGUUUGAAAGAGGCCUAGUUCUAAGCAGUUUUACACGUGGCCAUCUUCUGGGAGCAGACAUUGAGAAGUAUAUUUUGGGGGUAUCUCCCGCAACAGUUAGCCAGCCAUGGCUUUGAAAGGGAAAGGCUGAGCAGUGGGUGAGGGUGUAACAUUUACAUUUGGUCCUCCCCACCAAGAGAAGGGAGGGUUGACCUCUGACUGGAGUCUCACAGCCCUGUGAUCCUUCAUGAGCAUCCCUUGUUCCCCAUCCCUGUCCCUCACUACACUCCCAUGGAUCCACCAUCAUAGCCAGGGCAGAGUUCUGCCUAGCCAGAAGCACUGUAAUGACUGAGCCACUGACCUGUCUCCAGAUGCCUUUCUGCCUCUGUGGAUUUUAGAGUUUGGAUACUAGGAGCCAUAACCUGUGAUCCUGUUCUCUGAGCGUAGAUAAGCUGCUAUAGAGCCAGUAGAUGUAAGUGACAGCAGUUACUCCUGUCCUCCAAGAGCCAGGUGCAGGAGCCCUUCCUGCCUCGCUCUCGGCCGACUAAAAUGCCAGGUGUGUCUUCGUACCAAGGAACCUGACCUCUCUGACAAUUGCAUUUUGAACAUUGUUGUCCCCAAAGUGCUGAAUCUUCAAGUUGUCUCUUAUGACUGAGCUGAGACUUGUUCCAGACUCCUGUCCGUCCGGCAGGCAGGCAGCUAGCUUCCUGCUUCCGGCCUGCAUUCUGGCUUCUCAGCUUCAUCAUCCUGUCCUUCCCUUACUGCUGCUUCCUGCUGCCAGAUCAGACCCAUUGAAUCCAGCUUGCCUGGCCCCACGCACCCUCAGGCUCAGGGCCACAUCAUGUUCUGCCAGAUCAGACCCAUCGAAUCCAGCUUGCCUGGCCCCACGCACCUUCAGGCUCAGGGCCACAUCAUGUUUGUCCACUCAACAUACCCUUUGUUUUUAGGGCCAAACCACAAGGGGAGUUUGGACAACCGUCACGCGUGGCAUGUUCUACUGUCAAGCAAGUGCCCUUUUAUAAAGCAAAGGGCACAGAUCAGGGACAGGACUUUCACUCAGUUAGUAUUCUCUAAUUGUAAUCACUUUGAACCAAGCACCUCGGAUCCUGACUACUUUAAACACUGAGCUCCAGUGGUAAGUGAUAACUCUCCGAGCCCAAGACCCUCUGUAGUUCUCAAAGAGUCUUUAGCUUUAUUAAAAAAUCAAAAAGCCGGGCAGUGGUGGUGCACGCCUUUAAUCCCA